UUCUUUUCCGGUUUAAGCCAAAACCGCGGACUGGCUCAUAUAUUUAUGCAAUCAUGUUUCCAACCUCACGGUGUUGGUACUGAACAGAAAAAAAAUGAGCAGCAAAUAUCCUACGCCCGUCAUUACUCUCCUUCUGCUGCUGUUGUUUGUUGCUUCCACUGAGAAGACAUGCUUGAGUUUCCAGUCCGAUGAGCUCCUCGUUGAUGACGAAGAUUUUGGUCUCGAAGACGGAGUACAAAUCGGAUCUACUCAUCCAGAUAUCGGCACUGCAUCACCACCGCCACCUUCUCAGGUUCAGUCCACCCGCAGAAAGUCAUCUGCUACGGACGGAGAUUCCAAGAUCGAAUUCUAUGUGGAACACGCAUUUGGAAGCUCCGAUUUCUUACCCGCCGGCACAUUCACCGCCCGCCUCAAGACAUCUUCUCAUAGCUGCCAGAAGCUCACAAAGCUCCGCUUCUCCAGAAGGGCUUUCUCUGAAGCAGAGGAGGAGGAUUUCAGAAAACUCUUAGAAACGGAUGAUUUCUAUGCCAUAAGACUGCCGUCCAAUGUUUUGAACCAACCUGGAAGGGAGUAUGUAGUCUCAUCUGUAAAAGCUAGGUGCCUUCCCCGGGAUGGUUUGGAUGAGCACUUCGCCAUACACAUGGAUGGUGUCAACAUUAUUGGUGUUAAUUAUGGCUCUCCUGGCUCAUGCCCGUAUCCUCGGCCUUUAAAAAUUCCUUCAAAGUGGUCCUUUAACUCCUACACAGUAUUAAAAACAACAGAGCAGGCCUCCAAAGCUCCAAUACUUCCUGAAAUCGUAGUUGGAGAUAAUGCAGAAGGUGAAGAAGUAAUGCCUCCAGAAAAAUCAUUCUGGGCCAAAUAUUGGAUGUAUUUGAUCCCCCUUGGCCUUAUCGUAAUGAAUGCCAUCACCCAAGCUAUGAAUAUGGCUGAAGAACAGACAAGCGGGCAAGCUCCAGCCCAAAUGCAGCAACAAACGGCUGGAGUUCCACGUGGACAAAGUAGUGUGGUACGACGAAGAUGAUAAUAGGAUGGAGAUGAAUCUCAGAAGGUUCUCAAUUGCCAAAACCCCUUACUAGAAUAUUGACGUGUCUUACACGCAAAUGUGCAAUAUUAAAGUGAAUGUAGUAUUGUACACAUAUUGAUGAAAGCUGACACAAUUUGAAAGGGCUUUCCUUUUUGUUGUUAAAAGACACAUAUUGACUCUGUUGCAAGUCAAAUCGGUAAACAUAGGAGUUGAAGCGACUAGUUUUGUUCUUCUUCAUGUUGUUGUUGGAAUGUUUAAGGGCUCAAGGCGGAACAUGGAGUGCUUUUUCCCCUACAAUGUGGAGUACUGCCUUGGACAUCUCCCACUCGUUUUUCUUAUAUAUAUUUGUGUGGAAAAUAGCUGUUCUUUG